AAAGAGAGAAAAAGGAGAAACCAGUAACAGUGGGGCGGAUUAAGAAAAAUGAAAAUUAAAAGAAAAUGGGAGAUGGUUUAAAACUUUAGUGUAAAAUUAUAUAAUAUUUUAUGUUUUUUUAUAAAAAAAUUAUAUAAUACUUUAUUACCGUGAGGAGGUUUGCUUUUGUGGGCUGAUCUCUGAUGCUGGGUUUUUGUUUGCUUUUGUGCUUAAACCAUCCCCACUAGAUGAUGAUGAGAUAAUCAUUUGGGUUACCUGACAAAACCAACUGGGUUAAUCCUAAUAUUGUUGGUUAUGGGUGUUAUUUUAAAAAAGUUCCAUUCUUGAUUCUUCUUUUGGAUAUACAGACCUGAGAGUGGUGGAGAGAGCACCAGAUAAAGAAAAGAGCCAUUUUUUACCUUACUUCAUUAAUGAUUCCCUGACAGGUUGCCAAAAUAGCAACUGGGUUUUGGUUCAGCUUGUGGUUUUGGCAUGAUUGCUGCUCCUAUGUGUUCAUCUAAACAGGUAUCGUUGUGAUGGGAUUUGUGGCUUCAGCCUUCAGGAGGAUGAGAAAGAAACGUGGUAUUGCACCAUAAAGUGGGUAAUAUAGGAAGAAUCCUAGAGUCCGGACCACUUUGCUUUCUUGGGUGUAUGAUUCGGGGCUUGGGUUGUUUAACAGUGAACCGGGUUUCAGUCAAUUUCACAUUCUAUUUAUGUUUUCUUAGUGCUUCCUCUCAAAGCAUCCAUUUUUUUAUGGGUUCUGUACUUGUUUAGUCGAAGAAUUUAAAGGUUCUUUGGCACAUUUCACCUUUGCAGUUGAAUUUUUCUGUGCAGUUCUAUAGGAGGUUUGAUUUUGAUGAGUUGUUCUUCUGGAACUGGGGUUUUGGUUAAGCUCUCAAGGCUCUUUGUAGAAUUAUACAAGUGGGCUUUCGUUAAAAUGUCUAUGAACUGUAAGCUCUCUGGUUCUAAUUACAAAUUACCAGCUAGUCUCAAGCUGAAGAAGGCGAAGGAGACCAUGCAUGGAGUCAAUUAUGUGGGGAAUUGGAGAAAUCUUAUUAUUCUCUGGCUUUUAGGUGGUGUUGUUGCAGGGAGUGUUUGGUUUUUCUCAAGUUUCGAUAAAGGAGCACUGGGAAGAAAGGAGCAAAUUCCAGACUCUUGUGGAGAAAAAGCUAGAAUCUUGCUCCAAAAUUUCAAUGUCAGCCUGAACCAGCUUCAUGCUUUGGCUUCGUUUUUCUCUGAAUCAGACCAGAUGACAUCUCUGGAAUGCACCAAAGAUCGAGCUGCUAAACUAUCAUCGACUGAUCACCUUGCAUGUACACUAAAGGUCAAGUGUUCAGAUAAGCAGGAUUUUUCAAUGAAGCACAUGUGGGUUGUAGAAAAUGCAGAACUUAAAGAUCAAUGCCCAGUUCAAGAUGAGAAUAUUCCCAAAAUGGACGUUGAAUCUAUGUCAUUUUUUCCACAAUCUACAAUGUCAUCACUUUCACUGGAGCAUCACAAUGGAAGAAAGGGCAUCUCACAAGCCAGAGAGCUGAGGUUCCAGGUUAAAAGUAAUUGUGAAAAUAUGGCUCUUUGUCUGGUGAAAGGAUGUUGGUGGUUUCUUAUUGGAAUGAUAAUUAGCUGGAUGAUUUCUGGAGUUAAUUUGAAGCUUUGGAAGGAGAAAAGGCUUAAGCCAGAUCUGUUGCAACCUGUUGCUCAGCAGCGACAGCUGCUACUUCAGCAGAAGCAGCAACAGCAAGCUCAAACCCAUCCCAAAGGUGCUGGAAAAUGGAGGAAAAAGCUCCUAAUAGCCUUUGUCCUGCUAGGGAUUAAUUUCUCGAUCUGGUUGUUUUGUCACUUGUAUGAAAAAAAUGUUUUAAGGAGGGAAGAGGCUCUUGCUAACAUGUGUGAUGAAAGAGCACGGAUGUUGCAGGAUCAAUUCAAUGUCAGCAUGAAUCAUGUUCAUGCCUUGGCCAUUCUGGUAUCCACUUUUCAUCAUGGAAAACAUCCAUCUGCUAUUGAUCAGAAAACAUUUGGUGAAUACACUGAGAGAACGGCUUUUGAAAGACCACUUACUAGUGGUGUUGCUUAUGCUUUGAAAGUUCCUCACUCAGAGAGAGCACGAUUUGAGAAGCAGCGAGAAUGGACAAUAAAGAAAAUGGAGUCUGAGGACCAGACUCUAGGCCAAGAUUGCAACCUCGAAAAGUUGAAUCCUGCACCCAUUCAAGAUGAAUAUGCUCCUGUGAUAUUCUCACAAGAAACUGUGUCCCACAUUGUCUCUAUUGACAUGAUGUCAGGAAAGGAAGACCGCGAGAAUAUCUUGCGAGCAAGAGCAUCUGGAAAAGGAGUAUUGACAUCUCCUUUUAAGCUUUUGAAAUACAACCACCUGGGUGUUGUACUCACAUUUGCUGUAUAUAAUGCUGAUCUGCCUCCAGAUGCCACGCCUGUGCAGCGUACUGAAGCAACUGUGGGAUAUCUGGGUGCAUCUUAUGAUAUUCACUCUCUGGUGGAGAAGCUCCUGCACCAACUUUCCAGCAAGCAAACAAUUCUUGUCAACGUUUAUGACACGACCAAUGAUUCUGCUCCCAUCAAAAUGUAUGGUACUGAUGUAAAUGAUACAGGUCUAUUGCACAUUAGCAGCCUUGACUUUGGGGAUCCAUUAAGGAAGCAUGAGAUGCACUGCAGUUUCAAGCAAAAACCUCCAUUACCUUGGACAGCAAUAAAUACAUCAGUGGGAGUCCUAGUCAUCACUUUGCUUCUUGGUCAUAUCUUCCAUGCAGCCAUAAAUAGAAUAACAAAAGUGGAGAAUGACUAUCGUGAAAUGAUGGAGCUCAAAGCUCGUGCUGAAGCUGCAGAUGUGGCAAAGUCUCAGUUUCUAGCAACUGUGUCCCAUGAGAUCAGGAAUCCGAUGAAUGGUGUUUUAGGUAUGCUGCAAAUGCUGAUGGACACAAAUCUUGAUGCAAACCAAAUGGACUGUGCCCAGACAGCUCAUGCUAGUGGAAAGGAUCUUAUCUCAAUAAUUAAUGAGGUUCUUGAUCAGGCGAAGAUAGAAUCUGGCAGGCUCGAGCUAGAGAAUGUGCCUUUUGAUCUUCGUUCCAUUCUUGAUAAUGUGCUAUCACUUUUCUCUGGAAAAUCUAAUGAAAAAGGGAUUGAGUUGGCAGUUUAUGUAUCCAAUCACAUUCCUGAGGUUGUAGUUGGUGAUCCUGGGCGGUUUCGACAAAUAAUUACAAAUCUUGUUGGAAAUUCAAUUAAGUUCACACAUAAGGGCCAUAUUUUUGUGUCAGUACAUGUGGCAGGUGAAGUGAGAGGUACACUUGAUAUUGGAGAUGGGGUGCUGCAACAAGGCUUGAAUCCAUUUCAAGAUGUGUCAAAAAAAACGUAUAAUACAUUGAGUGGAUUUCCUGUGGUGGACAGGCGGAAAAGCUGGGAGAGUUUUAAACAACUAUAUGGCACUGAUAGAAUGGAAGAUCAUGAAAGGAUUAAAAUACUAGUAACAGUUGAGGAUACUGGUGUCGGAAUUCCUCUCGAAGCACAAGACCGCAUUUUCACCCCUUUCAUGCAAGCUGAUAGUUCUAUGUCGCGAACUUACGGUGGGACAGGAAUAGGAUUGAGUAUCAGCAAACAUCUAGUGGAACUCAUGCAUGGGGAAAUAGGCUUUGUGAGUGAACCUGCAACUGGUAGUACCUUUUCAUUCACUGGAGUUUUUGGAAAACGAGAAGGAAGUCCUCUGGAAUUGAAGUUUCAUCAGUAUGAUUUGGUAAUCUCAGAACUCCGGGGAUUGCAAGCAUUGGUUGUAGAUGACCGGAGGAUCCGAGCUGAGGUCACAAGAUACCAUCUCCAGAGACUUGGUAUAUCUGUGGAUGUAUUCACUAGUCUUGAAUCCACAAGUGAUUAUCUGUCAAGUAACAGGGGCACAAGUGUACUGGCACAUUUGGCCAUGGUUCUCAUUGACAAAGAUGCUUGGGAUAAGGAAGCUAUUCAUGUUCUUCAUCAAUUGCUGAAAGAAGAGAGACUAAAUAGCCGGGCAGAAGUCUCAAUAAACCUUCCUAAGAUUUUUCUCUUGGCUACCUCCAUUAGCUCUACUGAACGCAAUGAACUUAAGGCUGCUGGGUUUGUAGAUAAUGUGCUGGCAAAGCCUCUUCGGUUGAGUGUCUUGAUUGGCUCUUUCCAAGAAACCCUUGGAAGUGGUAAAAAGAGGCGAAUAAGUAGAAACAAAAUAUCAACUCUUGGGAGUCUGCUUAGGGAGAAGAGGAUUUUAGUGGUUGACGACAAUAAGGUUAAUAGAAGAGUGGCAGAAGGUGCUUUAAGGAAAUAUGGAGCAAUUGUUUCUUGUGUGGAAAGUGGCAGGGCUGCUAUAGAAAUGCUGAAGCCACCCCACAAUUUUGAUGCUUGCUUCAUGGAUCUCCAAAUGCCAGAGAUGGACGGCUUUGAAGCAACUAGGCAAAUCCGUAGCCUAGAGAAAGAGGUCAAUGAGAAAAUUGCAUCUGGAGGAGCAUCAGCUGACAAAUUUGGAAAUGUGGCUUUUUGGCGCAUUCCAAUUUUGGCAAUGACUGCUGAUGUAAUCCAGGCUACAAAUGAAGAAUGCAUGAAGUGCGGGAUGGAUGACUAUGUGUUGAAGCCUUUUGAAGAAGAGCAACUUUAUUUGGCUGUUGCACGUUUUUUUGAGUCUGGUUGAUAGAGUGAGACUAACAUGACAAUUACUUUGAUGGUCCAGGCAGGUGGUUCAUCUGUCCUUUCUCCUGCAGAUUGAGCCUCAAGUGCUUCCGUUACUCUAAAUAGAUUUGCUUCAAUGAAGCAAAGGUACAAUUACUUGGCUCCGCACUAUAUAUUCUUCUACAUUCAGAACUACUCCACUGUAGAUUAAAAAAAAAAAAAGAGGAAAAAAUGGAAUUCGUCUUCCGAAAUUUCAUUAAGCAUCGCCCACAUAUUACAGACCUUCACCGGAAAUGAACUGGCUAGUGUGCCAAAGUUUGUUGCUGCAUCUUUGCUCGAUUGUUUAUCACACGUAUGAAGAUCAUGUUUGUUGUGACAUUGAGUUUAACUUGUAUAUUUUUUCCCCUUGCAAUUGCUGUAAUCAUUGGAGACUAAUCUUGUAACGUGUAAGUUUGUCACAUUUGUAAGUAAUAAAGUUGCUCUCAGUUCGGAUGUAAUGCAAGCUGUAAGUUCUGAUAUGCCUUCUUUCGCGGGUAACGCCUGUUUCU